AUCCACAAAAGAGAAAGCAUGAUCAUCAAGGCAAAGAUGGCGUCUUUCUGAGUUGUCCUUUUCGCACCUAAUCUUUCUGACAUAAUUUCAAAAACCACCACGGCAACUUGUAAAAUGAUGAAAGCAUCUAUGAUGUGUUUUUCUGUAUUGUUUACUAAUAAUAAAAGACUAGUAUUUGAAGCAAUAUCUUGUGCUUAAGUGGGACAAUGCCUAUGUUUGGGCGAGAAGCUUUUAGCGUGUUUUCACGACAAUAUUUGAUCAACGGCGCGUCCCGGCGAUAUAUUCGCGGGUUCUUGUAAAUAAUAGUGAAUUAAAGUGCAAAAAUGGACAAGAAAAAUAAAAAGAAAGUUGUGAUUAAGAGGAAAAGUGACGAACCAGUUGAUGCAGAGAAAAAGGCCAAGAUUAUGGUGAAUAGGAAGGCUGAGGGUGAAAAGGAUAAAGUUGAGGUGGUGAACCAGGUGGUGGAAGUGCCUGUGGAACAGGGUCAGCAGAUAGUUCAUACAGGACAGCUUGUCGAAGGAAAUUUUGAGCAACCAGUUUUUGUCAAUAUGAAGGGAGAGCCGGUUCAAUUAGGUCCAAACACCGUUAUCCUGUAUGAACAGAGCGGGAACCCGUCAAACUUUGCAUUUGGCAGCAUGUGGACGAUGGACGGUUCGGGACGGAUAGUGAUGGCCGAGACCAUAUACGAUGUGAAGGGUGAACCAGAAGAGGAGAGUGCGACGUUCGUUCAGAACACCAAUGAAGUUAGCAAUCAACAAGUGGAAGAGCAGGGGGGCACCUUCCAGCAGUAUCAGAUCAGCAACAGUCAGGUGGAGCCCCACGAGUUUGAGGUCGCCAUCAUUGACAGCCCGCAGAACAAUGACAGGGAGACCGAGUCGCAAGUCGUAACGACCGAGGAGCAACUCGUAGCGACCGGCACUGGCGCGGUGCGCUGGUUGAAUCAGAAGUACGAUUUUGUCGUGAGAAAAUUGCAGCUUAAUUAUGAUGCCGGCGUGAAACUCCUCCACUCGGCCUCGGGUUGCAUCCAAUGCGUGUACUUCACCACUCCCAGCAUGCAGUUGGCUUUCAACGCUGUGCCGCAGUUCCUGUGUAUUGAGACGGGCAUAGAGUUCAAUUCCAACAUACCGACAGUGGGGGGUACUGGGACGCCCAGCAUCAAACAAAAUGUCACAUUGUUCCUGGCUGAAGACGGCAACGGGAAAUCGGUGGUCGUGAGCGCUGGUAUAUCCACUCUGAUCGGUGACGACCUGACGUGGCUGCUGGACACGUUCAAAUCGUGCAACCCGGCGUGGCGGCAGGUCAGGUGCGUGGUCUGCGACCCCACCAAGUGUCAGCAGUCGGUCCGCGCGGCGUUCCCGUCGGCGCACGUGACGUGCUCGGUGUGGCAGGCGGCGCUGGCGUGCGGCCGGCUGGCGGCGCGGCGCGCGGAGCCCGGCGCGGGGGGCGCGGCGGGGGCGGCGCCCGAGCUGGCCGCGCGCUGCAAGACGUACGCGCUGGCCGUGCUGCGCGGCGACCACACCGCGGCGCAGCUGCAGGUGCUGAAACGCGGCAUAAUCGGCACAGGAGCAGGUACUCUUCGAUUAUGGGAAUCUCUUUUAAGGCCCAACGGAGCCAUCACCAAGUUGGACUCCUGGUUGGAAGCUGAUAAUUACACGAACAUAUUGCACAAGGGCCUGGAGAGGCUGUUAGCCAAAUUCAACGGUGUGAUCCGCUCGCCGCUGCAGCCGGAGGAGUUCGUGUCCCAGUUCUUCAACGUCGCCAACCAGCUGGAGGACGAUAGGAGGAGCUUCGCCGUCAGCAGGCUUCGGGACACAGAAACGCUGAAGCAGUCGCCGACUGACACGAUCACCCAGUACGCCUACAAUCUGAUGAGCCAUCAGACGAAACUCGCGCAGAAAUGUUUAGACGACCGAGCGGGGAGACGCCACAGCAGCGCGGCGAUAUGCAAAUACGGCACGUCCACUCAGGAGUGCUCGUGCCUGUUCAGCAAGGUGUUUCGGCUGCCGUGCCGCCACAUCCUGAUGCUGACCACCGAGCUCAAGGUGAAGACACACAUCCCUUUCGAGCCUCGCUGGACGGUUCAGCACUGCCUCUUCGGAUGCGAGACCGCCACUACACAGCAGACUGGCGCCGGCGGCACAUUCAUGGAACAAGUCGUGGUGGAGACGGACGGACAGCACAGACAGACGGUGCCGCAGACGCAGCAGAUACACCAGGUGGGCGGUGUGAGACAACAGCAAUACGUUUUAGCAGCUCCCGGACAACCGGCCACGCCCGUGUCACAGGUGAUAUUCUGCGGCAGCGGCGUCGGGUCAGUGGGUUCCGUGGGUUCCGUGGGGUCGGUGGGGUCCGCGCCCGUCAUCACGUCCGUGCUGCCGGCGGGCGGUGCAGUGCUCACACCACAUCACACUAUACAUCAUUGAAAUGUUACAACAAUUUAUACAAGACGCGUCUAAAGAAAAAAGUUAAGAUAAAUUCCAGUGGGAAUUUUUUUGGGAGCUAUUCUCACCUGUACAUACAUACAUAUGAUCACGUCUUGCGGGGUAGACAGAGCCCGCACUUGGAACCUUUUUGCCGUGAAUAUCAUUCCCGCGGUAAUUCUCGAAAUUCCAUCAACUAUAUGUAUUCGAAACAGGAAUAGUAUAUAUCAUUUAUCUCAUUAAAAUGAUGGUAGGCUAUUAGUAUUAAGAUGUAAAUAUUAAUUUUAAGUAGUAUAUAAAUUGAUGUUCUGUUGACAUGACAAAAAUUUUUUUACCCUUUUGUGUAAUAGCGGUUGUGUUUCGAAAUUUAAUAUAUAAAUAAAUAAAAUAAAAAAGUUGGCCUCGAACCAAGUCCGAGACUUGUGUUACGAGAUACUAACUCAACGAUACUGUAUUUUAUAAUAAAUACUUAUAUAUAGAUAAACAUCCAAGACCCAGGCCGAUCAAAAAAAGUUUCGAUUCUCAUCACGCCCUGGCCGGGAUUCGAACCCGGGACCUACGGUGCCGCAGACAAGCGCACUACCGCUGACUGACACUAGAGGCCGUCUAGGAUAAUAAUAGAAUCAAUGCUAUCUUUAACUUUUAUUCAACUUUUGAUAGCAAAUUGGCAACGCAAGUUACCUGCAUUGGCAGAACACGCAUAAUACAUACAUACAUACAUAUGGUCACGUCUAUAUCCCUUGCGGGGUAAACAGAGCCAACAGACUUGAGUUCAGCCACGUUCAGCUAUUUGGCUUAAUGAUAGAAUUGAGAUUCAAAUAGUGACUGGUUGCUAACCCAACGCCUAAAAAAUAAUCCCAAGUUUGUAAGCCUAUCCCUUAGUCGCCUUUUACGACAUCCAUGGGAAAGAGACGGAGUGGUCCUAUUCUUUUUUGUUUUGGUGCCGGGAACCACACGGCAUAAUACACAAUACGCAUAAUGGAGAUAAUAAUUUGUCUAUGUCAACAGAACUCAAAAAUGUGUAUAAGUUCCGACGGAGUUAUUUAAAGGACUUUUGUAAAAAAAAAUAUAGGUUUUAUAUACAAUUGUGAGGGGCGAAUCAGGGCGAUAAUUCUUGUGUGUUUAAGAUUUCAUCGGAUUCUUGUUUUUGAUAUAUAUGCAAAAUUAUUGGUAACAUAAUUUUUAUGGCUCACGGGGUAGACGGAGCUAAUUAAGGGAAAACAUGCAAGCCACGUUCAGCAUGAUGUUAAAAGUGACUAAAGUUUCAUUUUAAACCGAAACUUCGAUUGCGCGAUUUAGACUCUUCACUGCUAUUGGCUGAGCGCGUCGCAAUAAUCGCUGUGAUUGGCCGAUGACGUGUGACGUUAUAGCUCAAGUGUAUAAUGUAAAUGUAUGUGCGAGACUGAAUAAAAAUUUGAUGAUUUCCAAAAUUAAGUUGUCGCAUUGAUUCGCUCCGACUUAUAGCCCUAUGUAACUUAUUACUACAUAGCUUAUAUAUAUAUUGUAUCAAGUAAACUGAAGGUG